GAAAAUUUUAAAAGAACAAAUAGUCAUCAUAUAUCUCUCAAUUUAACAUUUUAAAGUCUUGCUAAUUACUUGUCUUUCACUGACGACACUAAAAUGUUUGUUGAAGAACCCGUUCGCCCCAAUACAGCAACAGGCUCCAGAGCUCUACAACAGCACCUCUUCUCUCUACUGCAAAGCUGCAACAACAUUAAAAGCCUCACCCAAAUUCAUACACAAAUUGUCAUUUGUAGCUUUUCCCAUAAAAACUUCAUCCUUGUAAAGCUCUUAUCUUUGUACAUAACAUCUAGUCAUCUCCUGACUGCCCACAAAGUUUUUGAAAACAUCGAAAACCCAAGUACAACGGUAUGGAACCAAAUUAUUAGAGGCCAUGCUAGGAGUGAAACGCCUCAAAAAUCAGUUGAAUUGUACAAGCAAAUGGUAGCAAAAAAUGAGGCUGAGCCUGAUGAGUUCACCUAUUCGUUUCUUUUAAGCGCUUGUGCGAAGAAAAGUUUGUUUAGAGAGGGGGAACAGGUUCAUGGGAGAGUGUUGGCAAAUGGGUAUUGCUCAAACGUGUUUGUUAAGACGAAUUUGGUGAACUUGUAUGCAAUGAAGGGAGGGGAUAGCGGCGUUGCAGAGGCACGUAAGAUGUUCGAUGAAAUGUCCGAAAGAAAUGUUGUGACCUGGAAUUCGUUGCUUAAGGCGCAUCUGAAGUGCGGAGAUAUUGAUGGUGCGCGGAGAGUUUUUGAUGAGAUGCCUCAGAGGAAUGUUGUUUCAUGGACGACUAUGAUUUCGUGGUGUGCUCAUAAUGGUUUGUGUAAGCAAGCUUUGUCUUUGUUUAAUGAGAUGGGGAGAGCCCGUGUGGGACUAGACCAGGUGGCUUUGGUUGCAGCUUUAUCGGCUUGUGCUGAACUCGGGAACUUGAAGUUGGGAAGGUGGAUACAUGUUUAUAUUGAGGAGAAUUUUUUUGUUGGAAGAGAGACACUUUUAGUUUCUUUGAACAAUGCACUUAUACAUAUGUAUGCUAGUUGUGGUGAGAUUCACGAAGCUUAUGAAGUGUUUAGAAAGAUGCGGCGGAGAAGUAUUAUUUCCUGGACAAGUAUAAUAAUGGGAUUUGCAAAGCACGGUUAUGCUAACGAAGCUCUUUUUUUAUUUGAAUGGCUGCAAAAUUUGGGAGCAAAUGAAGUGAGACCUGACGGGACAACCUUGCUUGGGGUUCUGUGGGCUUGUAGCCAUGCUGGUUCUGUUGAUAAGGGGCGCCAAAUUUUUGAGUGUAUGACUCGAAGAUGGGGGAUUGAGCCAAGGAUUGAGCAUUAUGGGUGCAUGAUUGACCUCUUGAGCCGUGCAGGGUUGCUGGGUGAAGCAUGUAGUCUUAUUUAUAGUAUGCCCAUGAAACCAAAUGAUGCUGUGUGGGGUGCUCUCCUUGGUGGUUGCAGAAUUCAUUGCAAUGCGGAGCUUGCCUCUGAUGUGGCACAGAAAUGGGCUAUUGAACUUGAUCCUGACCACGCCGCAGGUUAUCUGGUACUCUUGGCUAAUGUUUAUGCUACUACUAAAAGGUGGCAUGAUGUAGCUGCUGUUAGACAGAAGAUGAUUGAGAUGGGUGUGAGAAAGCCUCCGGGUCGAAGUCGUGUGCAAAUAAAUGGAGUUGUUCAUGAUUUUGUUGCAGGUGACUCGACCCAUAAGCAUGCUUCCUUAAUAUAUAAGAUGCUAGACGAGAUCACCAGGCAAUCUAUGUGGGAAGGCUACAAGCUAGACGUAUCCGAGUUAUUUUCAGUUGUUGAAGAAUAG